GGCAUCUCUGAAAACCAGCAGGCUGGCCCAGACACAGACACACAAACACACCCCGUCCACUAACGGCAUUCUCCCCCACAGAAUAUCCAACCAACGCCCACAAACCCACCCGACCUGUUUACUGACGUGCAACCAUUCGCUUGCUUUGUAAUCUUUCUCUCUCUCUCACUCAGUCACAGACAGGCAGACUCCAACGCCUUCGCUCGCUCUGGGAACUGCAAUAGCCCUUGUAUGUGAUAGUUGAAUUUCGCGUUCACGUUAACCGAUAGGAGUGUAACACAGUCAAGUACACACGUUACAGCUCAUAGGCGAGCGCGCGCGUGUUGUGUUUUCCGCUGUGGAGUUGAGAGAGGCUCUGGGAAGAUCUUGUUCUUAUUCCUGGGGGCGUGCUGCCACUUUGGACGUGCGCGAACAUGAGUCGACUCGAGCAACCCAAGUUCUGGCUGAAAACGGACGAAGGCUUUCUCAAGACAGUGCCUGCAGUCUGCAUGCUCUUAGAAAUAGUUCUGGGGCUGGUGGUGUGGGCCCUGGUGGCCGCGACCCCUUACAAGCGCGAGCCGCCGCUGGGCUUCGUGGUGUGCGUCGCCAUCACCUUCUGGAUCCUCACCAUCUUCAUGUUCAUCAUCUACAUCGCAGAGCUCUACCGCCACAUGGUGCAGAAGCGCUGGCUGCUGCUGGGCUUGCUCUUCAACGCGUGCGCCGUGUGCUUCUACUUCGCGGCCGCCGUGGUCGAGGCGAUGCAGUCGAGCCGCAUCGCCCGUGAGCAGGGGGAUCAGCAGGGGAUCUACAUCGCGGCCGCGGUUAUUGCCUUCGUGGUCACUUGCUGCUACUGCAUCAACCUUGGGUUCAGCUUCCGGGCGUGGAGAUCGGCCUAAUGACCUCGUGACCUUUCCACCCACCCCCACCCUGUCCCCCCACCCCUCCAACCGUCCCCUCAAACACAACCCCAACUCAAAUGUGGACACACAAAGUCAAGUCAAAGAGUCUCGCUCUCAACACAAGGUGUGGGGUGGUGCACAUCUCCAUUGGCGAUGCUGAACCAUUGGUGGAAAUUCCACAUUCAUAUGACAGUACCAAGUAUUGUCUAUAGAAGAUCCACUUUUGACUUCCCACAAAGUGGUACUCAAUUGAUCGACCCUGCAGAUAUGAUUAGGAAUGCGACGAUUUGUUAAUUCAAGUGAUCUGACCAGAGAGUCUGUUUUAUCUUUUGUAUCUCAAUUCCACCUCUACUUGACUGCAGAGAAAUAAAGAGGCACGCUCACAAAACGUCGGUACAAACCGAAGCUUCUCUCCAGAAUUAGCAAAGUGGUUUUGUGUCUGUUGCAUGGUUAUGUGACUGUGAUGACAUCAGUGACCUGUUGUAUAUAUUCAACAGACCUGAGCUCAAUAUCGCGGCCGUAGCGAACGCCAGUGGCUCUUGGCCUACUCGGCCUAAAGUGCAUACCUGGUGCAGUGUUUUAAUAUCACAUGUUGGGGCGACAAAGGUGGCCCCGGACGAGAUACUGACCACAUCACCUCGUCAUGCACAUUGCCAGCGUGAGGUAAAUCUAGCUAAAACAUUUUUUUUAUCCUUUUUAACUAAACAUUAUGUUUUUAUUUUAGCAGGAAAGACCCACUGAGCUAUGCAGCUCUUUGUCAGAAGUGACCUGGCGACAACUGAUAGCUCAAUAAAGUGGCUUGUCAUAUGGAAAUGUAUAGCAGCCAAAUACUCUAAGUGCGUGUUUCUAAACGUGGAAGGAAAAACUGGAGGACUCUGAGAGAAGUCCACGCGACCACGUGGAGAGAGACACGCAAACGCCAAAUAUACAGGCGUCGGGGGUCAGGAUCGAACCCACUAUCUCCUGUAUACCGGGUGAGGUAGUUAACAUCAUGCGAUCUUGGCAUCACAAGCUUGUGAGGUAGAAUUGUGACUCGCGUAGAAUUCAGAAUCCUAUUGUUGUUAUUUCAAACCCCCACGUGAUUGUUUAACCCCCCCUCCCCCACCUAGUUUGCUAAGUGAUUGGGUCAUACUUCCACGAGAGGAUUAAUUGUUACAAUAGAAUGUGUACCCCAGCGUUCAAAUAAUAUGUAAAAUUCUCAAUCCCUGGAUGAAAAUGCUAUGGGGGUAGAAAUAUUAUCUCAAACCGGCCUUACACUCGAUAGAGCUAAAGAGAGGAGUGUUGUCUUUUGAAGUCUAUCUGCCAGUUAUCAGUCUCUUAGCCUAUCCAUAACACCUGUGCCUGCUCCAUUAUUGUCAUGUGCACCUAGCCUGGCACAAACACCCUUGUAACAUGUGAAGUGGUGAGUGGCAGCAGUUGUGUGUGCUUGGAUGGUUAAAGCAAUGCUAUGACCUAAACCACCACCGUUCCCUUCCCUAGCAAUGAUGAACAACAGUGGAACCUGUUAACCUUUGAACCUGCCCUGAAUUUUCCCAGACGUUAACUCAGCCUAUUGCGUGACUUGCACUAUUGCCUGACUUGCCAGCCUUCAUGAGUGCUCGCUAACAGCACUUGCCAUAUCGUUAUGUAUAGUUAAAUAGGAGGUAUUCGCAAGCGUGCGUGGUUUAGGGCUGAGGAGUUUUAAAUGGGGCAUGUUGUGUGCGUGAAUGUGGGAGCAAUGGUUGUCGUGAAGGGUCGCGGUUAGCGCUACGCUGCGCUAUGAACCUGGCGUCCCGAGUUCGAAUCCCGCUCACGGCCAACACCAGUGACAAUUAUUCGAACCGAUCCUGGGCCUCCCCGAGGUCAACUCAGCCAUAAAUGAGUACCUGGUUCGGUGUGCAAACAUCGCUACUGGGGAGACAAAGGCGGCCGGGCGUGGUGUUUGCUACCCACCCCCUUGUGCGCCGUGCCGGCCCUCAUAAGUGCUAGCUCACAGCACUUGCCCAAAACAGUCUGUUACAGGCUAUACGGGGGGAUCUUUUAUGUCUUAUUGUUGUGCUUGAUAGGUCAAUGGAAAAAUUAGUCAAUGCGGAUGCAUGCUCAUCACUGUAGCUGCAUAUUUCAGUUUGGGUUUUUUUUAUUCGAAUACAGUAUUUUUUAAGUAUAUUAUUUUCUUUGUUUUGCCAAUGUCCAUUCCAACACCACCAUCGCCGCUUUGGUACAUAUGCAAUCGGAGCCAUGUUGAAUUUUUUUUUUACAAAUCCUUCAUAUGUCUCUUGUCAGUCAUUUCUGCAAAAAAUAAAUUUAGAAAAAUUCAA